CGGCCGCAGGCAGGACCCUUGCCGAGGAAGCGCGGGGAGAUAGGCUUUCAGGAGGGUCUUCACGAUGUGCCGUUGGACGAGGGUCAGGCAAGUUCUUCAACAACCUCCCUCCCCGAGCGACAUCCGGCAGACAGGGAAAUCCCCCCGUCGUCCUCCGAGCUCAGCCCGCCACCAGACGAGCAGCCCCCGCGCUCACCUUCCCGGGCGGAGUCGACGAACACCGCGAACACGACUGGCAAGCGGAGCAUCAUCUCGUUCUUCAAGCCAAAACGGAUACCGACGUACUUCGGUCUGCGCGUGACCACCCUCGCUAUCUUCCUUUUCCAGCUCGCGCUGUUCGGCGGCACAAUCGCUGGCUGGGUUCUCACCGUGCAGCGGAUGCACAAAACGGGAUCGAGCUCGUCCUCUGGUUCAAGUGACUCGGACGGGAGCGGGGACAGCACGCAGACAAAUGUGUUCAGCUCGACGUCCGCGCAGAUAUUCAUUCACGUCGCCUUCGGCAUCGUCUGCCUCGCCGAACUCAUCUUCCUCGAGCGCACCCUCUUCCGCCUGCGCGCCGAGCGUUACGGGCACGUCCACCCGGGCGAGAUUCUGCCCAGCGCGCGGACGCGGGCGUCGCAGGAGCGCGACAUGGCCAUCGCGUUCGCACCCUGGAACCGUCCACCGCUCCCGACAUACGCCGCGGCGCUCGCGCAGUCGGGGUUGGGCACCGGCGACGUCGAGGACAACAUAAUCGCCAUCCCCCCGCCCCCCGCGUACGGCAACACACGCGGGAGCACGCUGCUCCUUCAGGGCUUCUUAAGCGAUGCCUUGAGGGCCCAGCGGCCCAGGAGUAACGGGUCGGUGCAGAGCUCGCUCAGCGUGGGCCGGAGUGAGCGAAGUCGGGCAAACCGUAGCGGGGAGGGUGGGGAGGAUGAGCAGGACCGCCCGAAGAGCUACGUGAGUACGGAUUCCGAGUGGGAAGCGCGGCUGGACGCCGAUCGGGCACUCAUCCUCGAGGAGACGUUGUCGAGACUGGAGGAGGGGACCGCUAGGAGC